AUGAGAAAUGUGGUCGUUUUGUGGCUUGCCACAGCGGCGUUGGUCGGGGCUCAGAUUCCGAGGUGGUCGGUACCUCCACCACAACCUUCGAGGUAUUAUGUUCACGUGGUAAACGGGCUAAGCAACGCCGAUAUGGUUGUGCAUUGCCAGUCCAAGGACGAUGAUUUGGGAUAUCACCAUUUGGUUAACCGUGGAGAUGAUUACCAAUGGAACUUUAAGGAAAACUUUUGGGGAACAACCUUGUUUUGGUGCAAAUUGGAGAAGCCAAAUGCAUAUGUCUCUUUUGAAAGCUUUUGGCCAGAGUCGUUCAAAAACACUUGGCUCCGUGAUAGGUGCGGGACACAAGGAACUUGUAUCUGGACAGCUAAAGAUGAUGGAAUUUAUUUGAGAAACAUGCCGAUUAAUGUUGAUGAGUUUGUUCACAAAUGGCUCCCUACCAGUUAA